CCGCGGAUCAGCCGGUCGAAAUAAUACCCAUGGAGUGGCAUCAUUCGCCCGGUCCUCUAGAAACAUCGCUUGAGUAUUUCUUCAAUCAAAGACAGGGCGAAAACAGAGAAAUCGUCGACUUGCACCCAGAUGAUUCAGAUUGGCUUACGGCCUGUUGGGUGCUGAAAAUAGCUCUAGCCCACACUGUCAUCGAAGAUAGAGUCCGAGGUCCCUUCCCGCUAUGUCAUCUUGACCUACAUUUUGGCAAUCUUCUAUUCGAUGAUGAAUACAAUCUGACUGGAGUGAUUGAUUGGAGCAACGCACAGGCAGCUCCACUCGAACAAUUGUCCGUAUGUCCUGAACUAGUCAUUUUCCCUGGGCUAUCUCAGGAGAAAAAUCAACCAAUCGUGGACUUUAAGACGCUUGUGAUACAGUUCUUAAAGGAAAUGGAGAAUGAGAUAUCUAAAGGGGUAGGAAAAUCAACACCUUUAGAUGAGCAGCAAGAGAAUAUGGAACAGAGUCAGCAUCUUACCCGACUAUCCACCUACAUGGCCUCCGAAAGCGCUGAAGUCAUGCAUCGUCAGUACAUGGCUCCACCGAAGGGGAGCCUAUGGGCUUCUAAGAGGGUUGUGAAGCUCAUUUAUGGGGAUAAUAUCUCAUGGGAACAACUGAGAAAGGUAUAUGGUUGCAUGCCGCUUCUCUAA